CACUGUAGCUCGGCGCACGCUGCCGGCGGCUGCCCUUUCCGCCUCCGGGGGAGAAAACCUGCCGGCUGCCGUCGCGCUGCAACCAUGGCCUCGGGCCGAAGGGGCUGGGACAGCUCCCACGAGGAUGAUCUGCCCGUGUACCUGGCCCGGCCGGGCACCACCGACCAGGUCCCGCGGCAGAAGUACGGCGGCAUGUUCUGUAACGUGGAGGGCGCCUUCGAGAGCAAGACGCUGGAUUUCGAUGCCCUGAGCGUGGGGCAGCGGGGCGCCAAGACGCCCCGGAGCGGCCAGGGCAGCGGCCGCGGCUCGGGGAACCGGCCCGCGGUGGAGGUGGACACCCCGCGCAGGGGCCAAGGCCGGGAGGAGAGCCUGGAGCCCGCGCCCGCGUCGCCCGCGCCCGCUGGGGUGGAGAUCCGGAGCGCGACCGGCAAGGAAGUGUUGCAGAACCUCGGCCCCAAGGACAAGAGUGAUCGUCUCCUUAUCAAGGGAGGCAGGAUCGUCAACGAUGAUCAGUCCUUUUAUGCUGAUAUCUACAUGGAAGAUGGCUUGAUAAAACAAAUUGGAGACAAUCUGAUUGUCCCUGGAGGAGUAAAGACCAUCGAAGCCAAUGGGAAGAUGGUGAUUCCGGGAGGCAUUGACGUUCACACCCACUUCCAGAUGCCGUACAAGGGAAUGACCACUGUGGAUGACUUCUUCCAGGGCACGAAGGCUGCCCUGGCCGGUGGCACCACCAUGAUCAUUGACCACGUGGUGCCUGAGCCUGAGUCCAGCCUGACCGAGGCCUAUGACAAGUGGCGUGAGUGGGCUGACGCGAAGAGCUGCUGCGACUAUGCCUUGCACGUGGACAUCACCCACUGGAACGACAGUGUCAAGCAGGAAGUGCAGAGCCUCAUCAAGGACAAAGGGGUUAACUCCUUCAUGGUUUACAUGGCCUAUAAGGAUUUGUAUCAAGUGUCCAACACAGAGCUCUAUGAGAUCUUCACCUGCCUGGGAGAGCUGGGGGCCAUUGCUCAAGUCCACGCUGAGAACGGAGAUAUCAUUGCGCAGGAACAAGCCCGGAUGUUGGAAAUGGGAAUAACUGGCCCAGAAGGCCAUGUGCUGAGCAGACCAGAGGAGCUGGAAGCCGAGGCUGUGUUCCGUGCCAUCACCAUUGCCAGUCAGACCAACUGCCCGCUCUACGUCACAAAGGUCAUGAGCAAGAGUGCGGCUGACCUCAUCUCACAAGCCAGGAAAAAAGGAAAUGUGGUCUUUGGUGAGCCCAUCACUGCCAGCCUUGGCAUAGAUGGAACCCAUUACUGGAGCAAGAACUGGGCCAAGGCAGCUGCGUUCGUGAUGUCCCCGCCUCUGAGCCCUGACCCGACCACCCCGGACUACAUCAACUCCUUGCUGGCCAGUGGGGAUCUGCAGCUCUCUGGCAGUGCCCACUGCACCUUCAGCACUGCCCAGAAGGCGAUCGGGAAAGACAACUUCACAGCCAUCCCCGAGGGCACCAAUGGUGUGGAGGAGCGGAUGUCAGUCAUCUGGGACAAGGCCGUGGCCACUGGGAAAAUGGAUGAAAACCAGUUUGUGGCCGUAACGAGCACAAAUGCUGCCAAGAUCUUCAAUCUGUACCCCCGCAAAGGAAGAAUAUCUGUGGGUUCUGACAGCGACCUGGUCAUCUGGGACCCGGAUGCUGUGAAGAUCGUCUCUGCCAAGAACCACCAGUCGGCAGCGGAGUAUAACAUCUUCGAGGGGAUGGAGCUGCGUGGGGCUCCUCUGGUCGUCAUCUGCCAGGGCAAGAUCAUGCUGGAGGACGGCAACCUGCACGUGACCCAGGGGGCCGGCCGCUUCAUCCCCUGCGGCCCGUUCUCCGACCACGUCUACAAGCGCAUCAAAGCCAGGAGGAAGAUGGGAGACCUGCACGCAGUCCCCAGGGGCAUGUACGACGGGCCCGUGUUUGACCUGACCACCACCCCCAAAGGGGGCACCCCUGCGGGCUCUACCCGCGGCUCUCCCACGCGGCCCACCCCACCCGUGAGGAAUCUCCAUCAGUCGGGAUUUAGCCUGUCAGGCACUCAAGUGGAUGAGGGGGUCCGCUCAGCCAGCAAGCGCAUCGUGGCGCCCCCCGGAGGCCGUUCUAAUAUCACAUCCCUGAGUUAAGCCACCCCUCGCCGAAGAAGGGGCAGAAGAGAUUUUUUUCUGAAGCCAAAAUGGUACAUCGAUAUUUAAGAAGGAAAGCGAAUCCAAACGAUUGCGAUCUAAAGAAUCAAUAAGCCUCAAGCCUUAUGUUUCUCCAAUGUUACGCUCGCUUGCCUAGCUUUACGAAUAUUGCUUUGUUUUCUGUUUAUGCAUAACCUUGAUUUCUUUGAUCCCCUCUCCCCAUUUACAUGCAUGCAGUCAGACAGGCCAGUAAGGUAACGGCGUCUGCUAUAUUAUAGUGUUGAGAGCGUGUGUAGUGCCGCAUCUUCCGACAAGGGGACUGACAAGCUGGCAUGGCAGGGAAAUGAACAAAAGGGACCCAGGUUACUCGCGGUGAGUGGGGUGGUGGGCGCCCAGAGCGAGGUGGAGGGCACAGAGGGGCUAGGGUAGGGUGUGCCGGAG